AUGGAAAAGGUAUCCCCCACCUGGCUCGUAUGUGGAGAACGCACUAGUUAUGAAACUUCGUUACUUUUGACCUCGGAAUUUCAAUGGCACGGGUCUCUCGGUGAUCUGGGACCGCAUUAUGCAAAUGCAAAAGCGAGGUAUCUCCAGAAUACACAAAUUUCUAAUUGCCCGACCUUGCAGUUUAGACCUGCAGAACUCGUCUUGCACCAGUAA